GUCUCCCCACCAAAAUUACAUUAUCUUCUUCUUUGACAUUCUCUAGAGAUCUUUUUUUUUUUUUUUGGGCUUUGAAGAUGACUAUCUCUGUACAAAACCCUGUUUUUGUAAACGAAGAAUCUACGGCGCAUGAAAAGACCGGAGAGUUACAAUUGGACAGCGAGAUUCCAAUGUCGAAGAUACCAUCUGAUGGUGAUGUGUUUUUGGCUCCUGAGAUGAAUGCAUUUGGUCGUCAAUUCAGAGACUACGAGGAUACAAAAAGCGAGAGGCAGAAGAGCGUGGAACAUUUCUAUGAAACACAACACACUAACCAAACUUUAGAUUUCGUGAAGAAAAUGAGAAGUGAAUAUGGAAAGCUGGACAAGAUGGUGAUGAACAUUUGGGAAUGUUGUGAACUCCUUAACGAAGUGGUGGACGAGAGUGAUCCUGACCUCGACGAACCGCAAAUCCAACACUUGCUUCAAUCUGCGGAAGCUAUCCGUAAAGAUUAUCCAAACGAAGACUGGCUUCAUCUCACUGCUCUUAUCCAUGAUCUUGGCAAGGUUCUGACUCUUCCUCAGUUUGGAGGGCUACCUCAAUGGGCUGUUGUUGGUGACACGUUUCCUGUUGGGUGUGCAUUUGAUGAAUCUAACGUACAUCACAAGUAUUUUGUGGAAAACCCUGAUUUUAAUAACCCAAUGUACAAUACCAAAGCUGGGAUCUAUUCAGUAGGAUGUGGACUAGAAAACGUUUCUAUGUCAUGGGGACAUGAUGACUACAUGUACAUGGUGGCCAAGGAGAAUGGAAGCACCUUGCCAUCGGCAGGACUGUUCAUCAUCCGAUACCACUCCUUUUAUCCAUUGCACACGGCUGGAGCUUACACUCACCUUAUGAACGAAGAAGACAAGGCCAACCUCAAAUGGCUCCAUGUUUUCAACAAGUACGAUUUAUACAGCAAGAGCAAAGUACACAUCGAUGUCGAGAAGGUUAAGCCGUACUACAUGUCUCUUAUCAAGAAAUAUUUCCCGGAAAAUCUGAGGUGGUGAAACUUCAUCUAGGCCGUCCAAAAGAAGUCUACUAAUAGAAGGUUCAGAAAUGGCGUUUGAUUAGCAGCACUGGAAAGCUUUAUUAGUUUAUUUUGCCCAGUUACUAAUGUUGUAUUAUUACAUUAGCAUUAGCUAUUGUUGAUACAAACUAUAUUGUAUGUCGUCUGUCCUAUUAUUAUUAAAUAAUAUCAUUUUUUCUUUA